AUGCGCGAAGGUCGCAGGAGGGGAUCGCACCUUCGUGAUCGCACCUUUACGGACUCGGACUGUUUCGCCACUAAUGGAGAUGUCGCAGCAGUGCACGGGUGGCAGACUACGAAGAGGGAGGCGGGUGGGGAGGCUGUGAACGAGGAAGAUUUAGAGACAGGAGGGAGAAUAGAGCGCUGUAGUUAUAGGUGGGACAAAGAGUCUGAAACGGAUGCCGAAAACAACACACGCCGUCACCGCGCAGCCGGUGUGACCUACUUAGUUGCCCCUGCUCCUGCAGACGACGAACAAGCGCGAUACACGCAAAGAAAGUGCUUGGGAGGGCACAGAGACAAGAUGGCAGACAAAGGGCAAAGAGUAAGGCAGGUAGACCCGUGCGACGGCUUGACGUCACGCAUGCGUCCGACUGAGGACCCUUUCGGUGUCAGGUUGUCAACCGAAACCCGUCCGAAUACGGAAGGCAUCGAGAUUAAAAUUUAUGGAUCGGAAGCAACAUUUUUCUCAUUUCAGCAGCUCUCGCGGAUGGCCGACCCACUCUGCGACGGCUCGGGGCGUGUACGGGAUGCUUGCUUUCGGGCCUGCAAACGUGACUUGCCGGCGAGCAGUAAUUGGGGUUCGUCCAUACUUAGCUGGCGCUUGACGGAUGGGGACCGCGUCGGACAAGGGUGUCGACGGGUUCUUUCACAUACGCUUUCCAGUCAUCCUGGUGCAACUAGCGCUACUACUGCUCGCAUGGCGAGACGUCCACGGCCACUAUUCGAAGAUCCAGAAGCACACGACCAUUUUAGUCGUUGUCAAUCGCGUGCUCGUUCUGAUCUGGUGCACCAUAAUCAAACGGGGUCUUCACUAGCAGGAUCUUCUCGGACCAAGUACAGUGUUCCGAUGUCUUGUCCACAAGAGGGUUAUAAGAUAAAUGCAACGCAGCGUGCUGGCACUCCCUUCACUUUCGCCGAUUCUCCGAAGUCUGAUCUGUGGUUCUUGAUGCGGUCUACUUGGGCAACCACCGUCUUCUGUGGUCAAACACCGGUGGAUCGCCAUAUGCACUUCUUCCUCAUUUUCUCCGCUCAAAUCUUUCCUAAUCGCACCGCCGCCGCUCAUCAGAAUUGUCAGAAUCUCUUCGCUGCGGUUAUCCCGCGUUGGCGCCGCGACUCACAAGAUCGCGUCAAGACCCGGUUAAUGCCAGACAUCACAUCCGCCUUCACCCAUCAUUCACUUUCGCAGAAUCACAUUGAUUUUCGACAUGGAUCAUCCUUCUUCUUGCAAUUGUCCAGACACUCAACUACCGCAAUGCGCCGCUGUGCAUCAACACUAAUCUUCAUUAUCAUAGUUUAUCCUUGA